AUGACGCGUUUGGAGUAUUUGUCUUUAGAUGAUUGUCAUUUUCUUAGAACACUUCCAGAUUCCAUCCAAGAUCUUAAAAUGUUGAUAAGGAUGAGUCUUUGUAACACUUCGAUAACGGAGCUACCGAACACGAUAGGAGGAUUAGAAUCUUUGCUUGAGCUAGAUUUGAGCGGAAUUGAAGUCACAAAAUUGCCUAUUUCUAUUGGGAAUCUUAGAAAGUUGAGGAAGAUGAGUCUUUGUCGGACUAAUAUAAAGGAGCUACCGAACCAAAUAGGAGAGCUAGAGUCUUUACUUGAGCUAGAUUUAAGGGACACAUAUAUCACAGAAUUGCCUAUUUCUAUUGGGAAUCUUAAAAAGUUGAGGAAGAUGAGUCUUUGUUGGACCGAUAUAAAGAAGCUACCAAACCAAAUAGGAGGGCUAGAGUCUUUGCUUGAGCUAGAUUUGAGGGAAUCAAAAAUCAUAGAAUUGCCUGUUUCUAUUGGGAAUCUUAAAAAGUUGAGGAAGAUGAGUCUUCAUCAAACCCAUAUAAAGAAGCUACCGGACCAAAUAGGAGGGAUAGAGUCUUUGCUUGAGCUAGAUUUAAGCGGAACGGAUAUCAUAGAAUUACCUACUUCUAUUGGAAAUCUCAAACGAUUGAAGAUUCUUCGUCUAGACGAAUGUGCCAUUAGAGAGCUACCAAAGGUCAUAGGGAUGCUAGAGAAUCUGCAAGCUUUACAUGCGAAUUUCUGUGGAAAUAUGAAGGGAGAAAUUCCAAGUGAAAUUGGGGGUCUAUCCUUUUGUACAAAGCUAGAGAUGACAGAGAGCAAGAUAAGGAGAUUGUCCACAACUAUGAAUAAGCUUUCUCAUCUGCAACAACUUCAUUUGGAUCGGUGUAAUGAACAUGAACAAUUGUCAAAUCUCCCUGUGAAUUUGAAGGAGUUAAAGUUCUCAUCUCAUUUAUUGUGGACAACCCAUGACCUUUCAUGCCUGACUAACUUAGUCCAUCUUCAUAUACAAUGUGACACUCCUAGGUUGUUGGAAUUUAGACAAGGGGUUCCAAAGAUAGAGUGGAUCGAGAGGCUAAAUUUUAUGGAGAGCUUGACACUUGUCACUGGAGAUGUCACAUUUCCUCCGAUUAAUUUGGCUACUCUUUCGCGUCUUCAAAUUCUUGAGAUAACUUGUGUUGACCCACGAUCUCUAAUGGGGCUUCCUUCCAGUCUUGAAAAAUUGACUUUACAUGAUGUGAAGUCACCCAUGGGAAGGUCACUCUUUUCCAACUUGACCAAUUUUACUAGUUUGUACCUUCUUAACUGUCAGCUAAGGGAAGUUGAAUUUGAUGAUUUGCUUGGACAGCAACUAAAGGAACUCCACAGUUUGGAGUUAAAGGAUAGUGCAAUGCUUGAGAGGCUUUUGGUAUCGAGAUUAGAGGGGCUCCAAGUGUUGAGUAUGAGGGGUUGCCCUGGGCUAAUAGAGACUCGAGGUCUAGAGAAAUUGGAAUCAUGA